AUGAACAGAGAAGAGGAGAAGAAGUGGAGGAAGAAGGAGGAGAAACUUCUCUACGAGAAGAACGGGCGGUCACAACAAAAGCAGCAGCACAGCAAGUCGAAGCAGAAGCACAGCGAGUUGAAGCAGCAGCACAGCAAGUCGAAGGCCCCUUGCCCAAAAGAGGAGAAGACAGACUUCAAGCCAAGCUUGGGCAAACAGCGAAAGCAGAAACAUCGCUCCUUUAUGGGACUCAGGUUGCCCAUGUCCCCUGGAGAAGUGUUGGAGGCCUUUGGUCAUCGCUUGACAGAGUUCGAGCGAGAGGAGAUAUUGAAUUACUCAGAGAUCUGGUACCUCGGUCUGCAUUCCCCUAAGAUCAAUGGUUCAAAGAGCUCCCCACACAACAACGGCUAUGAUGACCCCCAGACGUACUAUCUGCAGGUCCUCCAUGACCACAUUGCCUACCGUUAUGAGGUGCUGGAGGUUUUGGGUCAAGGUACCUAUGGGCAGGUCCUGAAAUGCUGGGACGUUAAGGAACGGGAGUUUGUGGCUAUGAAGCUGCUGAGAAGCAAAAAAUGCUAUUAUCAGUUUGGGAAGAGAGAGGUCAAGAUCCUAGAAGCCCUCCGAAAGAAGGAUGAAAUGAACGUCUACAAUAUCGUCCGUAAGAAGGAUCACUUCCACUUCCGGAAACAUUUGUGUAUCACCUUUGAACUGCUGGGAGAAACCCUGUACAGGAAGGCCAAUGCCGACGAGAGCCUCAGCACAGCAGAGGUGAGGAAGUACGCCUCCUCCCUCCUGAAGUGUCUCUCGCUGCUGAAGAAAGAGAAGCUCAUGCACUGUGAUCUCAAACCGGAGAACAUUGUUCUGUCAAGCAGAAAGCCACACAGACUCAAAGUGAUUGACUUUGGCAUAAGCCGCUAUGAGAAAGAGGCUAGAGCCAAGUCCUACAUCCAGACUCGGCCCUAUCGCGCUCCGGAGGCGAUCCUGGGCCAUGUCUGUAGUGUUGCUGUUGACAUGUGGAGUCUAGGCUGCAUUAUAUUUGAACUCUGCACUGGACAAGAGCUUUUCCGGUGUUGGGACAAUGCAGAACAUCUGUCCCUCAUGAUAGAGGCGCUGGGUACACCACCCCAAGGUCUUCUUGCAUCGGCACCAAAUAAGAAGAAGUUCUUCGACUCCAAGGGCGUGCUGAUUCAUAAACAGAAGAGUGAAAAGGAAAUGCAGCAGCCCAGAAGAAAAGAUCUAGCCAGCAUGUUGAGGACCAAGGAACCGCAUCUCCUGGACUUCAUUAAGCGCUGCUUGGUAUGGGACCCGAGCAAAAGGAUGACGCCAGACAAGGCCAUGCAGCAUCCUUGGAUCUUGCAGCAUAAGGAGAGCAGUGGAUCUAAGUUCGGCCUCAAAAGACAAGUCACAACAACAGAUGUGGCCAGAAACUCUGUUGUUGGCAUGGAAGCCGACCUGCUCAGCCGAAGGAAACUGUGCCCUGCACGUCUGCCCCGGUUGGAAGCCACCAAAAAAGCCCAAGUUCAGCAAAAGGCCAACAGGGCAGAGAAGGCUGUCGGCCGCCCUGCCUCCAAAGCCUGCUCCACGAGCCGCUGCCUGGCCGCCUCCAAUUCUGCUAACCGAGCAGUUGCCCCACCGCCUCCGAAGCCUGCUCCCCAGGCAGCUGCCCCACCGCCCCUCCUGCUCCUUCAGCGGCUGUCCCGCUGCCUACGAAGACCCCAAAUGGCUUCCCCGCCGCCUCCGAAGCCUGCUCCCCGAAAGGCUGCCUACGAAGUCCCCUAG